AUGUCGAAACUGCCUGUCGAACUGGAUUUUUCCCGCAUGGAGAGGGAGAGGGAGAGGAAGGAGCCUCCCAUUUCUGUACGCAAAAGAGGCUUUCGUGACAUACAAGGUAUUGUAUCGAAGCUUAAUCCGGAGAUUGUGAAGAAUGUCAUUCAAUCUGCUUCUUUGGGUCCGAAUAAACCAAUUCAGACUUUUUUCACACCAUUAAGGCCAAGUUGUGGUUUCAAGAACAAUGCUGAAACUGGAAAAAUGACCAUUGUGUACAAUGGGAAAGUCUUUGAUUUUGAUCUUUCUGCACUCAAGGUGCACAAUAUUCUGAAAAUUGCUGCUGAGGAAAAACUCUCAAAAUCUGCUGAAUCCACGUGUGAACAAGAUCUUUUGGAAUAG